GCUUUUUCGCAUAGCUAGUGAGAACGUCGGACAGCACGGUUUGGAAUCGGUCGAGCGGUCUUUGUUUGCACUAUCCGUCCGGAUACCCGUGGGUGUAUGUGUGAACAGGAGGAAAAGUUCCAUCAGUUGAAAAUUUGAAAAAGUUUAGCAAAUUUUGGAGAUCUAAUCUCAACAGAAGGAAGAAAAACGAAAUAAAACAUUUCAAAACUGCGGAAAAUCUAUCAAAUUAGUUCAAUUAUUCGCAUUGUGAUAAGACUGCACCACUUUUAGCCAGAUUAAAUGUGUUAAAGUUGUUACGUAACCGUUACCGUUGACAAGUUUCGCCCAGAUUGUAACGCAGUAAUCUUUCUGUAAGAAGGAAUAAUUCAACCUAAAAGUACAUCGCAUAGAACAAACUAAUCAAACGCAAUCAUGACGUCGAUAAACGUAGACAAAUACAAACUGUCCGACAAAACGGCCAAACUCACAGCGAAAGACAUUAUCCCGAUGAUCCAAUCGUCGGACUCGGCCGAAACGCGCGAGUUCCUGCAGAAGAUCAUGGAGCUGCUCAUCGACUACGUGAACGUCCAGAACGAUCGGAAGGAGAAGAUUCUCGACUUCCACCACCCGGAGGACAUGAAGAAGCUGCUGAGCUUGGACGUCCCGGAUGAUGCCGUUACCCUGCAGCAACUCGUGAAGGACUGCGCCCUGACGCUCAAGUAUCAGGUGAAGACGGGUCAUCCCCACUUCUUCAAUCAGCUGUCCUGCGGGCUGGACGUGGUGUCCAUGGCUGGAGAGUGGCUAACGGCCACCGCCAACACCAACAUGUUCACGUACGAGAUUGCACCGGUGUUUAUCCUGAUGGAGACUGUGGUUCUGACCAAAAUGAGGAAAAUCAUCGGCUGGGAGACCGGUGACUCCAUCCUGGCCCCCGGCGGCUCCAUUUCGAACCUGUACGCCUUCCUGGCUGCCCGGCACAAGAUGUUCCCGGGAUACAAAGAGCAUGGAGCCCGUGCCUUACCCGGUGAGCUGGUGAUGUUCACUUCUGACCAGUGUCACUACUCGAUCAAGUCGUGUGCCGCCGUGUGUGGCCUCGGAACGGAGAACUGCGUGAUGGUACCCUCGGACGAGCACGGCAAAAUUAUCCCCAGCGAGCUGGAACGACUGAUUCUGGAGCGGAAGGCCCGUGGACAGAUUCCCUUCUUCGUGAAUGCUACCGCCGGAACUACGGUGCUGGGUUCGUUUGAUCCCCUCAAUGCCAUUGCCGACAUCUGCGAAAAGUACAACUGCUGGUUCCACAUCGAUGCUGCGUGGGGUGGUGGCUUAUUGUUGUCGAAGAAAUACCGCCAUCCAAGAUUCUCCGGCGUUGAACGGGCGGAUUCGGUCACAUGGAACCCACAUAAGUUGAUGGGUGCUCUGCUGCAGUGUUCGACGAUUCACUUCAAGGAGGACGGUCUUCUGAUCAGCUGUAACCAAAUGUCCGCCGAGUAUCUGUUCAUGACGGACAAGCUGUACGACAUCAGCUACGACACCGGCGACAAGGUCAUCCAGUGUGGCCGCCACAACGACAUCUUCAAGCUGUGGCUGCAGUGGCGUUCCAAGGGCACGGACGGUUUCGCCCGCCACAUGGACCACCUGAUGGAGCUGGCCGAGUACCAGGUGAAGCGCAUCCGGCAGCAGUCGGACAAGUUCUACCUGAUCCUGGAGCCGGAGUGCGUGAACGUGUCCUUCUGGUACAUCCCGAAGCGGCUGCGGGGCGUUCCGCACGACGCCAAGAAAGAGACGGAGCUGGGCAAGAUCUGCCCGAUCAUAAAGUCCCGGAUGAUGCAGUCCGGCACGCUGAUGGUGGGCUACCAGCCGGACGAUCGGCGUCCCAACUUUUUCCGCUCGAUCAUUUCGUCGAUCGCGGUCACCGAAGCCGACGUCGACUUUAUGCUCAACGAGAUUGAUCGCCUCGGCCAGGAUCUGUAAGCAGUAGCAAUUGCGCCGUGUUCUUUGCCAUUCAACAAUAAAAAGAAAGAUAACACACUAAUUUGGUAGGAACGAUAUCCAUUUUCCCAGCACUAAGUAGCAGACGUUAGUUUUAACGAGGUAAGUGAAGGUUUGAAGCUGCCCAAACGAACAAUUUGAGAGCGAUGAAACGUUUAACAACCAAGGAGUAUCAGUUGCAAUAACAUAUCAAUGAUAAAUACAACUGUGUAGCUGUUAAUUUUAAUUAAAAUUGGUUUAUCCGAUUAUGCCUGUUAUGAGAUCUGUUUUCCAAUAAUAUAUUCGUGAACUUGUUUAGAAAAUUUGUUUGUUAGCAACUAUUUUUAAUAAAGCAAAUGAUUGUUGUGUCCUGGACAUAUCUUUUAGUGAAAUUUGAAAUUGUUUCGCCAAACCGAAAAAGAAAUCAAAUUACCCCAAACUACCACUAAACCAUGCAAGAAUAUUUACUGAAAUUGACUGUUAAAUAUGGAUUAAUCCAACAGAAAGAAUUAUAUAUACAAAAUAUAUAUACAUGCAAUAUACAAACGAAGAACACACAUCCACACCUAUCUAUACAUGUUCAUUGUUCAUCCAAUUUCGCAAAUUGAGUACUGGUGACAGAGUUUAAAAAAACGUACCUUACCAUGUUAAUUGGUAUUAUUUCUUUAAGGGAAAAAAAACUUUCGAAUAUUAAGUUUGAAUUUCAGUUACAAAAACAAACAAAUCAAACAAAAACUGAACAUAACGUCAAUGUGUAGUGUGCAAUAAAAGAAGAUGGUGGUUAGGAUGACCUGUAGCUUAAUGUAAAGAUAUAGGUGUGUACACUGUGAGGAUUGUUUUGCCUGCUGUUCAUUUGCAUCUGCUCAAGGUUAUGUUGUGAACAAUUGUACAUAAGUGCGGAAACUAUACACUAACAAAAUUGCUUUAAAUCACAAACACACACACACAUUUCCCCACACCAAAGGAAUUGAUGCGGAAAAACAAAAGAUUGCUACCGACUGAAUGUUGUUGAUCAGAGUGGAGUUGUUAAAGAGAAAGAACGGAACCUUUAUCCCAUGAACAAACCAAAAAUCCAUACGCAUGUGAGCUUGUAAGCAACGAGUUUUGCCAAAGAUUAAAAUCGGUCCGAAGAAUAAUGUUGAGUUUUAAAAUUUUCCUGCCCCCCCAUGUUUUGCGUCGAAACCUUUGCAAACAAACAAUCUAGUGACUGACACGAAGUGUAAUUCAACUUAGAAUAUUUGAAGUUAAAGUGCUUGAUCAUCUAUUUAUCACAGUUUGUGUUUCAUAGUUUAACAAAAGGAAAAGAAAAAGUCAGUAGUUUAGUUGAAAACAUGUAUUGAUACAUAUGUUUAAGGAUUCGAGCGAGAGUAUUAGCAAAACAAGUUGAGAGAAUGAAAAAAAAAGAAAAACAUAAACGACAAAAUCACAAAGUCUUCCUUCAAACGAAAUGUUAAUUAAAACAUGACUCCCGCUCGCUCUCAGAUACCAUAAGUCUUGGUGAAAUAGGAUACGCACUGUCACACGAGACAGCCUUUGCUUGUACCGUUAGAUUUGAACAACGCUCAUUUAAAAUAAAGAAAAGAAAAUAAUCCUUUUUCACCAUUAUGUAUAUUUCAUAUCUCGAGAGCGACGGGAGUCGUAGCAUAAAACACACAUACUAAAUGAACAACGUAAGUGAGAAUCAUAUAAAUUAGUUGCUUGAUUUGUUGAACCAAACAAACUUGUUUACCUGCAGUGAGAAACAAUACACAAAUUUAAAAAAAAUACUCUAUCGAAAACGAACAGAAAAAUUUAACGAAAGCGUCUCCCAAACGUGCAACAAAAAGGUG